CAUGGUCCACCUCACAACCGUUUUCUGCAAAGCCUACUGCGGAGGCCACCUAACCAUACGCCUUGCUUUGGAUGGCUGCACCAACUGGCCUUUUUACUGCAUUGUGGCCGCCCACAACAAGUGUGCCAGGGAUGGCCGCUUCGUGGAGCAGUUGAGCUCCUACGAUCCGCUGCCCAACAGUAACAGAGAAAAACUGGUUGCCCUAAACCUGGACCAGAUCCGGCAUUGGGUUGGCUGUGGGGCUCAACUCUCUAAGCCUAUGGAGAAACUUCUGGGUCUUUCUGGCUUUUUCCCCCUGCAUCCGAUGAUGAUCACCAAUGCUGAGAGACUUUGGAGGAAGAGAGCAGAGGUCCUCUCAGCACUUCAGAAAGCACUGUCAGCCCAGAGAAACAGAAGCAAGCUGACUUCAGCAAACACAGCUGUGGCUCUACAAGCUCAAGGCCUUCAGAACUCUGUUUUGUUUUGGGUUUGAGGGUCAAUAAAUGGAGUUUCCCAGUC